AUGGAAAGCGGCUUUGGAGAACAUGAAAAAGAUAACAGUACUGAAAGAUCUAAGCCUGACCGUAACCGAAACGAAUUUUCCAACUUUUAUUUAUUAAGUGAUAAUCCAGUGGUUCCAGCUAAGAUGAGUGGAGCAUCAAAUUUAAUCGUUGAAUGUGACUUGAUCGAUAUAUAUAAUCAAUAUCACGGAAGGAAACUGAAAGAAAAUCUUAGUACAUUUUUACCUGAAUUGCCAGGUAGAGUAGACGUGCCGGUUACGAAAGCUGAUCCCGGUGAAUUAAAGGUUGAUGGUCAUAACAAUACUGGAGCUGAUGAUGAAAUUAAAAGGCACAAAAAACUGAGACGUCAAGAAGAAGGUGAAAAGAAAAAGAAAAAGAAAGAAAAAAAGAAGAAAAAACUGUUAUGA